CAUAUCGUCGAGUACUUAGACACUGGAACGCCUCCCAUCCAACACUGCACCCUUCAACCAAGGAAAGGACAGACGCACAGCCUAGAGCACCUACGAACCCGCAAAUAUGUCAGACAAACCAGACUUGGCAGAGGUGACCAGCUUUGACAAGACCAAGUUGAAAAAGACUGAGACGGAAGAGAAGAAUCCGCUGCCCACCAAAGAAACCAUUGACCAGGAGAAGGCGACGUCAUGAGGGCGCUGUCCGUGAACGCGCUGUACAGUCUGCACCAACGACCACCUGCAGCACAACUUGGACUUCGCUCGCCUUUUUUCUCAAAUGGGCGAAAUGAUUCCACUUGCUAUCAGGAACUAAUGUCAUCAUGGCCUCCUUUUUGUCUUCCUGAGGCUGCUUCCAUUUGUAAUGCAUUUAAUCCUUUGUGAAAUGUCUACUUGUGGAUGCAGAAUGUUAUGUGAUUUGAAAAAUAAAAUGUAAAAAUCA